AUGGCGGACAUGGACAGGGAGACUCGGUAUAGUCGCAUGUAUUCCUGCCGACAGACAGCAGCCGGCAACAGCUCAAGUCGAUCGCAGCUUAUCCACCUACCUGCCGAAGUUCUAGAGAUCAUCUGUGACCAAGUCUUGUCGUGGGCGUACCGACGAAAGCCUACGGCCGCAUUGCUGCAACAGCUGGCAGAGAGAGCAGCCGAUCCGGGCGAUCUACUCGGCGAUCUCAACUUCUGCAAUCCUGGGGAGCCCUUCAGCGAACCAGUCACCACUUUGGUGCCCGUAUGGUGGCACACGCGAAGACCCUUGUUCUGGUUUCUGUCACCCAAUGCUAGGGACAGCACUGCUCGGGCGGCUCGACGUGCUGUCAGGUGCAGAUUUGCCGGGGCACUCACUGGAAGCCAUCUGCAAGGCCAUACAAACCUAGCGACCCUGCCACACCACGCGCUGGCAAUCUUGAGCGUCCACACCAAGCUGCACAAGAUCGGAAACGAUAUACUCAAUAAGAAGUUCUGGUUCCACUUCAACAAUGCUGAAGCAUUUCUAUCUCGUCCGCCAGCACGGACUAGCGACAAAAUUGUAGCGACUGUCCAGUGCCUGAGCUUGCGAUUACGGACUGAGUCGGUCUUGAAAGCGGACUUCGACGUAGAGUGCUUUAGAACGUUGCUAGCUAGCUGGCCCGGGCUACAGAAACUCGAGCUGCAGGCUGCAAUCGUGCAGGAACCGCAACGAUCCCUAAGACCGAGCCCUUUUCAUCCCGUAUGGAUCGAGAUGCAUCGAGCUUUAUUAUGGUUCGCAGCCACCAUGACGCAUAAAGAACGGACGGAGUCCCCUGAGCAUGCAAACGUGUCCAACGCACGCACUACAGGGUUCCAAUGGGCGAUAUGGGACGAAGGAGGUACAGUGCGUAACAACGAGGCACUCGGAGCGUGUACCUUCAUCUACAAAGACCAACCCGUGUUCAUCCAGGUCCGGUUGCUGAAGUCCGAGCCUGCUCGACCUUGGCAGGUGGUUGAAGAUCCGGAAGCUGUUGACUACAGAAACUGGCGCAGGCCUGUCUCCGAGCACGAGCAGGUACACCCCGUCUGCAACGUGUUGCUGGACUGCGCCAAGAUCAGACGUUGGGGCUGGGAAGCCCUCGCCACCCAUUGGACCUGUCGGCCUACCCCAUACCAGAUGCCCGUCGAUGCGACGUGCUCAGAGGAUAAUGCGGUAACUGAGGAUCUCCUAUCGGUCCAGAGCGCUGCCAACCCUGCCCAGGCAACGGUAGAGGUGGCUCUGAUAGAACCGCCCAAGGCCACGUUCGGUCAGAUAUUUCUCAGAUCGUCAAAACUCUAG